AAGUCAGAUCAGGAAGUGUGAUGCUGUGACAGUAGAGAAGGAAGCAGGCACACGAUGGCACUAUGUCUGCUUCUUGGCCUGGUAGCAUGAGAGGCCCCCCGGUGAAGACCCCUCUUUUUCUUCUUCUGCUGCUGCUGCUGCUGAGCACUCUGACCAGGACAGUGUUAUGCCAGUAUGACGAUGGUGGUGCAGAUCCAGAUGCUGGGCCAGAUGAAGAGGAGACAGGCGACACAGACCCAGGUGAUGGUGAUACACACCCCUCAGAACCACCCCUAGCUGAUCCUGAUGCCACCUCAGCACCAGACCCGCCCCCCACAGACGAGGGCGCUUCAGUUGAAUCAGGCGUAGAAGGAGAACAUGGCUCAGGGCAGCCGGGCCACUACCCCAUUGAAGCUGAUGAAACAACAGAGGACCCCAACCUCACGGAUCCGACCUCCAUACCGGUAGAGGACGAGGGUUUGAGUCCCAUCAUCAUUCUGAUCCCCGUGGUGCUGGUGGUUGUGAUCAUCGGCAUGAUCGUCUGCGGUAUUUUCAUCAACCGCAGGUGGAACAACAAAGCAAGAGAUCAAGAACUAAGAAAAGAGGAUCCAUAUCUGGAUGGGUCCAGUACAGAGAAGGUGCCAAUGCCCAUGUUUGAAGAAGACGUACCCUCUGUACUGGAGCUAGAAAUGGAAGAGUUGGACCAAUGGAUGAAGAAGGAUGGUGAAACUGCAGAGGACUCUAAACAUACAUAAAGCUAUUUAUGGUUAACAAAGGACGCUCUCCCGGUAUGCAAGGACACACAACCAACAAGGCAUCGCUGCCCACUUAACCCAGCAACAUUCCUGACACUGGACACAGGAACUGGUUUGACUGCCAGGAAACAAUAUCCCAGCACCUAAAGGACACUUAUAAACUUUCACUUUUACAGUCAAAUAGCUAAAUGUGUUGCAGUGUGCAACAACCGGACUUCCACAUGUUGAAUAGUGGCUCUUUUGUGAUGAAAGCGAUCAGUGUUUCUGUCAUGCUUUGCCUGUAUUGAUUGUAUUGUUGAGCUGCCAAGCAGUAAUCAGUUCCGAAAGGUGAAUGCACAGUAUUUUCUGUCUCGAUUUAAUCAGCCAGAGUGAAAAGUAUGCUACCAAACACUCCAUUUCCUGCAGGAUUACUCUGUUAAAGAGUGUGUGGUCAUCUUAAAGCACAUUGGGUGUCACAGACCGUUAAUUUCUCUUCAGCUCAAAGCCUCUUUGUUGUGUGUGAGACUCCCUCCAGCUGCAGGUUGUAAUGGGGAAAUGUCCUGUUGCAGACAUGGUUAGGAUUUCUGUGCAAUCUGCUUUUAUUCAGAAACAGAAAUCUCAGAGCGUGAAAUCACUUGGAUUGAGACUUGGAGUCUUUUGAUGCACCCGUGCCUGUUUCUGAAACAGCUUUCUAAAAGCUGCUACUGAUAAGAUUUUCAUCUCACCACAGAUAACGUCUCUCUGACUGAAAACUUUGUGUCUACAGAUGCUGUUCGGAUGUUUGUUUGUCUGCUCCCAGUUUUGGCUUGUAAGUGUUGAAUCGAAGCAGUCAUCACACUGAUCGAAAUGUGUGUGCAGCUUUGGAAACGCGUCAGUCAGUAUUUUGCAGGAUCUUGCACUGUAAAUAUGAGAAUAUGGUGUAUCAAAAGAUGUUAUUUUCAACAAAUGCCUUUUGUAAAUAUUUCAUAUAAGGCUGUAGUGUUGUUGUUUUGCUGAUGAAGCUUUGAGUGAAAGUUUGGUAAUAAAAAUCUCUUCAUAAAAAUAUGAUG